CACUGCUAGAAACUAGAUGGUUGGGAUCGUGGUGUAGGUUGGCAUCGAGAUAGUGAUAAGUUCUUCUAAACUGCAAAAUGAGCGCGCUAUUCAACUUUCAAAGCCUUUUGUCGGUUCUGUUACUACUUAUCUGCACUUGCACAUAUCUUCGAUCGCUCUUCCCAAGCAUUAUUGACCGGAAAAAGACAGGCAUGCUGGGCUUGUUCUGGAAGUUUGCUCGAGUGGGCGAAAGAAAAUCUCCGUACGUUUCGUUGGCAUGUCUGGUGAUGGCUGUUUCGAUAUUAUUCUGGUCCUAGCGUGUAGCGAUGCCCUAUGUUUUUCGAACGUUGGAUGGACAGUGAUGCAUUUGAAUGAAUAAACUCGUAUUACAAGUUUUCUGGAUCAUGAAUGAGGGUUUAGAAUUAUGUGUAGAAUCUGCUCGAAUUUGACCAAAAAAUGACACGAA